AUCUCGGUGGUAGGCGGUAGCCCUUUCGGCCACCUUCUAAAGAAUUAUCGCUCUAAAAGGAAAAAUCUGGAAUCCUCUGGAUUUCUCCCUAAAUCCUCUAUAAAAGGAAACUUCCAACUGUUAAUCGUCUCUUACUUUUGAAUUCAUCUGCAAGAAAAACGAAGACAGUGAUUUACUUAGCAUAAUAUAAUAUGGCUAAAGACGGACCCAACUGGGAUGGAUUGCUGAAAUGGAGCAUUGCUCACUCUGAUGGAACUCGACCCACCCGUAAUUUAAGUGAGGAGGAUAGAAGAUGGUUUAUGGAAGCGAUGCAAUCGCAAAGCAUUGAUGUGACUCAGCGAAUGAAAGAGAUAACUAUGGUUAUGCAAACUCCAGAGCAAGUCUUGGAAGCUCAGGGAGUUACUGCUGCUGAUAUUGAAGAUAUGUUGGAUGAGUUACAAGAGCAUGUUGAGUCUAUUGACAUGGCCAAUGAUCUACACUCGAUUGGUGGUUUGGUCCCUCUCCUUGGUUAUCUGAAGAAUUCACAUGCCAACAUUCGAGCAAAAGCUGCAGAAGUUGUAUCCACUGUUGUACAGAAUAAUCCUCGGAGUCAACAGUUGGUUAUGGAAGCAAAUGGCUUAGAGCCUCUCCUUUGUAAUUUUUCCUCUGACCCUGAUGUAACUGUUCGAACCAAAGCACUUGGUGCAAUAUCUUCUUUGAUCCGCCACAACAAACCUGGUAUUGCAGCAUUUCGACUUGCAAACGGUUAUGCAGCCCUGAGAGAUGCUUUGGGAACUGAGAGUGUAAGAUUUCAAAGGAAAGCAUUAAACUUGAUUCAGUACCUGCUGCAUGAAAAUAGUUCAGACUGCUAUGUUGUAAGCGAGCUGGGUUUUCCCCGCAUAAUGUUGCAUCUUGCCUCUAGCGAGGAUGCAGAAGUAAGAGAAGCUGCUCUCCAUGGCCUUCUUGAGCUUGCUCGGGACAAGAUAGGUGGAAACAAUUGUGCAUUAGGGGAAGAUGAGAAAUUGAAGCAACUUCUUGAAGAGCGAAUUCAAUGUAUCAGUAUGAUGUCUCCUGAAGAUCUUGGGGCAGCUAGGGAGGAGAGGCAGCUUGUGGACUCCCUUUGGAAUACAUGCUAUAAGGAACCGUCUUCUCUCCGAGAGAAGGGACUUCUAGCUCUUCCUGGCGAAGAUGCACCUCCACCUGAUGUUGCUAGCAAGCAUUUUGAACCUCCUCUCAGAGGUUGGGCUGCAAAUCGAACUGGAGAUUCAAAGGCCAGUACAAAAAAGCAAGAGACUCCUCUUUUGUUGGGUCCAAGCCCUCCAAAUGAUGGUGCUGGUAUUCAAGGGACUAGUAAUCAUGAAGCAUAGUUGUUUUGUGGCUAACGAAAUUAGCACUAGAAUUUGUUUGUUUUCCUAUCUCGAUUUGUACUCUCUCUUUUUUUUUUUUUUUUUUAUCACAAAACUUGAAUUUAAUAUAUGAUUGCCUCUG